AUGACUCGGUACGGGGGCCUGGGGAGGACGCGCCCUAAAAAGCUCACCUCCAAGGCAUCCAUCCCCGUUGUUCGGGAGUCAGAGAUCGAUGUCAUCGACGACGAAAUCCAGAGCUCUUUACAGCAGAUCGAAACCGGCGUCGAAAAAGCCGAGGAGUCGGAAAUUCACUUGCAACGCGCAAUCAAUGCCACUGCCCAGGGCAAAGUAAAUGAGGCACACAUCCCUACUCCCGAGACCAUUCUCAGUAAUCUUCAAUAUGACGAACUCUACCCUCCCAUUUUCUCGCAACCUGCGACGUACAUUCGCUUCUCCUCCACGGUCGAGGAUUGCUGCGGAUGCCCGUACAACAUGACAGAUGAGGACGAUGUCUUUCUGAAGAUCAUGAACCAGAAGCGCGACCCGUCUGCUGGUCGUUGCACGGAUGAUAUCUUUGAGGAGGUCAUGAAUUUCUUUGAGGAGACGGCGCAGAUGAAGCAGCCAUACGCAUCCAUCGAUAAUCCCCCGGCGUUAUCCUUUGCAGAGAUGCAAGACAUGAUGGAUGCCACAUUAGAAGAUCCCAUGAAGAUGUUUGCCAAGGAGAUAUAUGAGCACUGGAAGUCGCGUCGGAUGGCUGUUCAAAACAACGGCCUUGUAUCGCAGCUCAAGUUCGAAACUGGCCAAGACACCGAUGACAGUGAUCCAUUUGUCUGUUUCCGUAGACGCGAGGUUCGCCAGAUCCGCAAGACUCGUGGUAGAGAUGCGCAGAGUGCCGAAAAGCUUAGACGUCUUCGCAAAGAGCUGGAAGAUGCUCGCGAGCUCGUUGCUUUGGUGCGCCAGCGUGAAAUUGCUCGGAGAGAAAUGCUCUCCAUGGAGCGGCAGCUCUUCAAACAGCGUGCUGAAGUCAAGGAGAUGAAGCGCAAGCUCAACAUUAAGGACGAUGAUGAAGAUUUGAUCAACCAAAAGGUAAGCACGGGCAUUGUGAUCGCUCUAUUUUGGCACAAGUUGACCAUUCUCCCACAGCCGAAAAAGAGAGUGCUCGAUAUGCCACCUCAACGUCCCAACGCCCCUCAACUGCGCAUGCCUCUCAAGGCUGGACAAGGUGCGGAAGACUUGCAACUCCUGGAGGAUGUUCAGGCAGAGAAGGAGAACGAGAUUUUGCGCGAUAUCAAACAGAACAUCACCAAGCACAUCAAGUGGAACGAGGGAUAUGUGGAUCAUACACGUGCACCACUCUCUCCUUCCCCAGAAAGGACAUUCGAUGUGUCUACCUUCCGACCCGCAUUCACAACACAGUUGCCCACACCUCCAUCAUCAGAAUCAUCUGGCGAGAUGGAUACUUCCUUAGACGUUACCAGCCCGCUCUUCUCCAGGGACAAGCUUGCAUCGCACACCAUCGAACUGCACGACGAACCACACCGAAUGCCAUCUUUCCGACGUCGAUUUGGACGUGGUGGUCGGUUGAUGAUCGAUCGUCGGAACAUGGGAGCUCGUAAAGUCGACAUCGACCCAAUCAAGGCCGAUCGAUUCAAGUUUGACCAAGAAGAUUCAGAAGAGGAGAACGAUUAUGAUACUGAUGCGUACAGCAUUCAAAUCAUGCAGCACCGGGCUAUCACCAUGGCCAAGGCGCGCGAACAGGCUGCAGUGGCUGCCCAGGCUCAUGCGCAGGCGCAAGCACAGGCAGCCCAAGCACAGGCUCAGCGACGACUGCUGGAUCCGAACGGUCAGCACCAAGGCCUUCAGGGAUCGAAUCUCGGGCCAAGUGCCGUGGCGGUGUCAGAGACCUGA